UGCGCGCUCCCGACCUCCACAGAGAGCUGGACAGCGACAGCUGAUGGUGAGGAGGUGAGAGCGGUCUCCCGGGCCGGGUGUGUGGAGGGCAUACAGGGACUGUAAUGCUAAGGACUGCGGGGGAAACUCUGGGGCUCAGCACACACCUCCUCGGACUGAUCUCGGGAACCAGUACAUGUCCACCUUCAGACACAGGAGGUUCUAUCGAGAGCAAAGUUACAUAGAAAGAGUGACACAAUGUUUGGUGCCGUGGUUGUCGGAAUUGGCAUUGCUGGCUCUGUGAGGAUCAGAGAUCUCCUAAACCCUAUGCAGUCAAGCCCUUCUGAAAAUCUGAAACUUCUAGGCUUUGUGUCUCGGAGGGACCUUGGCCAGUAUAAUGGUGUGAAGCAGGUCAGCCUGGAUGAGGCACUUCAGAAUUGUGAGGUUGAUGCUGCCUUCAUCUGUACAGACAAUCAGAACCACGAGCAAAGCAUCAGGAGUUUCUUGGAGGCUGGUAAGCAUGUUCUUGUAGAGUACCCAAUGGCACUGUCUGCACAAGCAGCACAUGAAUUGUUUCAGUUGGCUGAUCAGAAAGGUAAAGUGUUACAUGUGGAACAUAUUGAGCUUCUUACAGAAGAAUUCAAUCAGCUGAAAAAGGAAGUAGCUGGCAAGGAACUAGUAGAGGGAGUCCUGCAUUUCACUGGUGGACCUCUAGAUGAGCAGAAAUCGGGGUUCCCUUCUUUUAGUGGCAUUGCUAGGAUAACAUGGCUGGUUGAUCUCUUUGGAAGUUUAUCUGUUACCUCAGCCAAGAGAGAAGAGAAUGAAGAGAAGUACUGCAAGCUGACUGCAAAUUUCACUACUGCAGACAACAGACCACUUACUUGGAUUGAAGAAAGGGCCCCAGGCUUGAAGCGUGAAAAAAAAGUCAAUUUUACCUUUAAGUCUGGUAAACUGGACACCUUACCUCCAGCCCCCAGGGCUGCUGUGGGGCCCUUCAUGCAGGAUCAGAACCUGUUUGCACGCAAACUUCUGGGACAGGUAUCCAAGGAGGAUCUAGCAGCCGAGAAGAAGCGCAUCCUACACUGCAUUGAUCUGGCUGAAAAGAUAAAGCAGUAUUGUCAGCACUGAGUCUACAAAUGCAAUACCCAGUAACUCAGACAUGGGGCAAAUAUGGCGGCCAAAAGAGAUUGUACAUCAAGGCUUUCUUUUUCCAUAUUGACACUUUAAAAUGAAGCAUUGUGUUUGCCUUUUAGAAAAGGGUAACUUCUUAUCAUUAAGCUAUUUUUAUAAAAAUGUGCCUAGCACUGAGGGAUGUCUACUGUCUUGCACAGGCAUUCUCAGGAGUAUUGUCAUAUUUCCCAUAACUUUGUGCACUGUUAGUAACUGUACCUUUAGAUAAGCACACCUUUAUGCCGCCUUAAAAAGGGACUUCGGCCAUUUGCCACUGUACAGAUUAUAAAACCUCAAGACUGACUUUAGAAUUGUAAUAGGAGGUAAAGGGAUUCCAAAAAGGUAACAUAAUGUGCCUGAUCAUGAGAUUCACCAUUAAUUUUUUUUUUUUUUUUUACAGGAGACCUAUAAAAAGGGGAAAAUGCAGCCUAAGGGUACGUUCCCACAUUGCGUAUACGCAGCAUAUUUCACGCUGUGCAAAAUCUGCAGCAGAAGUGGGAAAUACGCUGCGUAUCCCUCGCUCACCAUACACACAAGGCUUUCCAGCAGCAGCCCGAUGUGUGUAGUGAGUAAGUCAUGUCACAGUCACGCCGACCGCGCCUCAAAAACUCACUGCACACAUAGGGCUGCCGCCUGAAAGCCUUGUGUGUGUAUGGUGAGCGAGGGAUACGCAGCACAUUUCCCGCUGCUGCAGAUUUUGCACAGCGUGAAAUACGCUCCGUAUAUGCCAGGUGGGUACGUACCCUGAAUGUGGAGGCUAAUAGUGCCUUUAAAUAAAUAUUUUUUUUCAGCUGCUAUCUGUUUUAGUGAAUAGAUGAUGGUCCAGAAAAUGCCACAAAGAAAAAUGCAUUGCCUGUAGUGUGUUUAAUACAAUGUUUUUAGGUAAGAGAAAACACUGAGUGAAGUUGUAUGCCAUUUUGAAGCAGUUUUUUUGGAAAAUGCCAGAAGUGGAUCACAAAGGAGGAAUUUCUUAAAGGGGUACUCUACUGGAAAACUUUUUUUUUUUUUUAAUCAACUGGUGCCAGAAAGUUAAACAGAUAUUUGUAAAUCACUUCUAUUACAAAAUCUUAAACCUUCCAGUACAUAUCAGCUGCUGUAUAAUCCUCUAAGUUCUUUGCUUUUUGAAUUUCCUUUCUCUGACCACAGUACUCUCUGCUGACACCUCUGUCCAUGUUAGGAACUGUCCAGAGCAGGGUACAUUUUCUAUGGGGAUUUUCUCCUAAAAUGGACCAAGGUGUCAGCAGAGAGCACUGUGAAAAGAACUUCCUGUGGAUCAUACAGCAGCUGAUAAGUACUGGAAGGAUUAAGAUUUUUUUAAUAGAAGUAACAUACAAAUGUAGAAAAUAAGUGUGCAGCUCACAACCGAGAAUCCGAGGUAUAAGUGGUUAAAGGAUCGAUCCCCACCGAUCCAAAAUUAAGAGAGAUUAUAGAAAUAUAUUAACCACACCUCAAGGAUCUCACCAUACAAGAUGGUACACAACAAUAAUUGGAAACAAUGUAUUUCAAAAAGUUGUAAAAUGUAUUAUACAAUUUAGACCAUAGGUUUACACAAAACAUAAAAUCACAACUGUGUUUAAAAGAAUGUAAAUGUAUUAAGAAUGGAGGACGGCACUCACCCA